UCACAACACGCAAGUCAUCCAUCAAUCUUAACGCAUCGUGAAAGAGGACCCAAAAGGCUUUUAGUUUGCACUUAAGGGUGCCUUUCCUUCUCCACUCGUCAUAGAACUAAUCUUCUUGUCUCUCACGCUGGACGCACCAUAGGCAAGCCAAAAGAAAAACAAUGGCAGGUCCACCACCAACAACACAAGGACCAGGAUCUAGGAGCACUACCUCCAAUGAUCCUGAUACUAGGCAUCAGACACAAGAUGAUCCGGAGCAGGUAGUUUCGGAUGCCACAAUGAGCCGGGAAGCCGACCUCAUUCGGCCUUCGGCGCCAAGCCCAGCCCCCGAACCCAGCGCCGACCUAGAUGACGCUACUUCAUCCGACGAGGAAAAACAUCGCCGCCAAUCUUCAACAGAAUCCAUUUCACUACCGGCAACGGGAACAAGAAGCGGCUUAAGUCGCACAAAAAGUACUGCCACUGACGUAUCUGCCACCUACUCGACGCACCUGCGCAUGCUCGAGCAAGAAUGGACCUCCCGGCCAUGGUACCGCAAGCUUAAUCCAUUGCGCUGGGGUGGCAUACCCCCGCUACCGGAAGAGCGUGCCCCGUGUCCAGAGGUCGACGCCGGCUUCCUGAGCAAGCUGUUUUUCUCAUGGCAGGGGCCUCUUAUGACGACGGGCUACCGCCGGAGCCUGCAGCUGACUGACAUCUGGGCCGUGAACCCAAACCGCGCCGUGGAGCCCAUGUCGGAUCGCGUGCGGGCCUCUUUCAAGAAGCGCGUGGCCGCCGGCCAGAGGUUCCCGCUCGCUCUCGCUAUCCACGAGGCGUUCUUCCGCGAAUUCUGGCUGGGUGGCAUUUGCUCGUUGAUAUCGACCCUGAUGCAGGUCUUAUCGCCCUUCUUGCUGCGCUUUCUGAUCCAGUUCGCAACGGACGCUUAUAACGCCGCUAACCAAGGGACACCGGCUCCACCAGUAGGCAGGGGAGCUGGGCUGAUCGUCGGAGUGGUCCUGAUGCAGAUCGCACAGAGCUUGUCUAUGAACCACUUCAUAUACCACGGCAUGAUAUGUGGAGGGCAGUCCAGAGCUAGCCUGAUUCAGCUGGUGUACGAGAAGAGUAUGGUUCUGUCUGGCAGGGCCAAGGCUGGCGGGAGCAAAGAACAAAACGAGACAAUGGACAACAAUGAAAAGAAGGAUAAGCAAAAGAAGGGAGGCAAGGGCGGCGUCAAUCCAGAGGGCCAGGGUACAGGCUGGGCGAAUGGCCGGAUAGUUAACCUGAUGAGCGUGGACACAUACCGCGUCGACCAGGCGUUUGGUCUAUUCCACAUCGUCUGGACGGCCCCACUCGCGUGCGUGAUCACGUUGAUCGUACUGGUCAUCAAUAUCACAUACUCCGCCCUUGCUGGCUUCGCGCUCUUGAUUAUUGGCGUCCCGAUCCUGACGCGGGCCAUCAAGUCUUUAUUCAUACGGCGCAAGGGCAUCAACCGCAUCACGGAUCAGCGUGUCUCACUCACCCAAGAGAUUUUGCAGUCUGUGAGGUUCGUCAAGUACUUCGGCUGGGAGAGCAGCUUUAUUGCACGGCUUCACGAGAUCCGCACUCGCGAGAUUUCGGCCAUUCAGAUGCUUUUGUCCAUUCGCAACGCAAUCUUGGCCAUCAGUCUUUCGCUGCCAGUUUUUGCGUCCAUGCUGUCUUUUAUCACGUACUCGCUCUCGGGUCACAACCUGAAUCCCGCCCAGAUCUUUUCUAGUCUGGCACUCUUCAACGGUCUGCGAAUGCCACUUAACCUGCUCCCGCUUGUGAUUGGGCAGGUUACAGAUGGUUGGUCCUCGCUUAAGCGGAUAGAGGAAUUUCUGCUGGCCGAGGAGCAGAACGAGGACGUGGUGAGGAGGAUGGACGGCGAGAAUGCUAUCGAGAUGCACGGAGCCUCAUUCACAUGGGAGAAGACUCCUGCGCGGGAGAAGGACGGCGAAAAAGACCAGAAGUCUACUGUUGCAGGGGGCAAGGAGAAGCCUGGACCGGAGAAUGGCGACGGGACGACCGACAGCCCGCCGACAGAAACUGAGCGGGAGCCGUUCCACCUAGAGGAGCUCAACCUUGCCAUUGGACGUAAUGAGCUCAUCGCUGUCAUCGGAACUGUGGGCAGUGGCAAGUCAUCCCUGCUGGCCGCGCUGGCAGGAGACAUGCGCAAAACGGCCGGAGAGGUAAUUUUGGGGGCCUCGAGAGCCUUUUGUCCCCAGUACUCAUGGAUUCAAAACACGACGGUGCGGGACAAUAUUCUGUUUGGCAAGGAGAUGGACGAAUCCUGGUAUAGGGAGGUCAUUAAAGCAUGUGCUCUUGAACCUGACUUGGACAUGCUCCCAAACGGCGAUCUGACCGAGAUUGGCGAACGCGGCAUCACCAUUUCAGGAGGACAAAAACAACGGUUGAACAUUGCGCGCGCAAUCUAUUUCGAUGCCGAAAUGGUUCUCAUGGACGAUCCACUGAGUGCAGUCGACGCUCAUGUUGGGCGCCACAUUUUCGAUAACGCAAUCCUAGGUUUACUAGGUGACAAGUGCCGGAUUCUGGCGACACACCAACUCUGGGUCCUCAACCGCUGUGACCGCAUAGUAUGGAUGGAGGCUGGCAAGAUCCAAGCCGUUGGCACCUUUGAUGAUCUUGUACACAACCACGAAGGUUUCAAGCAGCUCAUGGAAACCCAUGCGCUCGAGGAGAAGAAGGACGGAAAGAAGGCCGACGACGAAAGCGCUGGGGAUGGUGAAGACACCAAGGACGCAAAGGAGAAGCAGUCUGGUGACAACAUCAAGCUUAAGAAGGGCAAGUCCCUGAUGCAAACCGAAGAGCAGGCCGUGGCUAGCGUGCCGUGGUCAGUCUACAGCGAUUACAUCCGGUCUUCGGGCAGCAUUCUAAAUGCGCCCCUCACUAUAAUCCUGCUCAUCGUAGCUCAAGGUGCCAAUAUUGUCACGGCAUUGUGGCUUUCGUACUGGACGUCGGACCGCUUCUCGCUGUCAACGCCGGUUUAUAUUGGCAUCUACGCAGGACUGGCCAUUGCUCAGGUGGUGCUGCUAUUCGGAUUCAUGGUUGCCCUUUCAGUGUUGGGAACGAGGGCUUCGAGAAGCAUGUUGCACCAGGCAGUGACGAGAGUGCUGCGCGCGCCCAUGUCCUUCUUUGACACGACGCCCCUGGGCCGCAUCACGAACCGAUUUUCCCGCGAUGUCGACGUCAUGGACAACAACUUGGCCGACGCCAUGCGCAUGUACUUUUUCUCCGUGUCGGGGAUAUUGUCCACUUUUGCACUCAUCAUUGCCUUCUUCCACUACUUUGCCGCCGCGCUCGUGCCUCUGUUUUUCGUCUUUAUGGCCUCCACGGCGUACUACCGUGCUUCAGCUCGCGAGGUCAAGCGUUUCGAGUCGACUCUCCGGUCCAAUGUUUUUGCUAAAUUCGGCGAGGGUCUCAGCGGCGUGGCUUGCAUUCGAGCCUACGGACUGCAAGACCGCUUUGCUGCUGACCUUAGAGUCGCCAUCGACGACAUGAACUCGGCAUACUACCUGACCUUUUCGAACCAAAGGUGGCUGUCGAUCCGGCUCGACGCCAUCGGCAAUGCGCUCGUCCUGACGACGGGUGUGCUGGUGGUCACUAACCGCUUCGAUGUGUCGCCGUCUAUCGGCGGGCUCGUGCUUAGUUAUAUCCUCGCCAUUGUUCAGAUGAUCCAGUUCACCGUCCGGCAGCUGGCGGAGGUGGAGAACGGCAUGAACGCCGUCGAGCGGCUGCGGUACUACGGCCGCGAGCUAGAGUCGGAGGCGCCGCUCAAGACCAUCGAAGUAGCGCCCUCGUGGCCCCAAAAGGGCGAGAUAGUCUUUGACAAGGUCGAGAUGCGGUACAGGUCCGGCCUCCCGCUGGUCCUGCGAGGUCUGGACAUGAAAGUUCGCGGCGGCGAGAGGAUUGGUAUCGUUGGCAGGACGGGUGCCGGCAAGAGCAGCAUCAUGAGCGCCCUGUUCCGACUCGUCGAGCUGUCCGGGGGCAGGAUCACCAUUGACGGCCUGGACAUUGCCACGGUCGGGCUGGGUGACCUCCGGUCCAGGCUGGCCAUCAUUCCGCAGGACCCCACCCUGUUCAAGGGCACGGUGCGCAGCAACCUGGACCCGUUCGGCGAACACACGGACCUCGAGCUCUGGGGUGCGUUGAGGCAGGCGGAUCUGGUCGGUCCCGAGACGGGCAGCGGCGCCGCAACGCCCACAGCCAUCCAGGAGAAGGAGUCAGGCGGCGGCGGCGGUGGUGGUGGUGGUGGCGGACGCAUCCAGCUCGACUCGGUGGUGGAGGAAGACGGACUCAACUUCUCGCUCGGGCAGCGACAGCUGAUGGCGUUGGCGCGAGCGCUGGUCAGGGGCUCGCAGAUCAUCAUCUGCGACGAGGCGACGUCGAGCGUCGACAUGGAGACGGACGCCAAGAUCCAGGCCACGAUGGCGGUCGGGUUCCGGGGCAAGACGCUGCUGUGCAUUGCGCAUCGUCUGCGGACCAUUAUCGGCUACGACCGCAUCUGUGUUAUGGAUCAGGGCCGAAUCGCCGAGCUGGGCGAGCCGGCAGAGCUAUUCAAGAUGGAGGGCGGCAUCUUCAGGGGCAUGUGUGAACGAAGCGGCAUAACGGAGAGGGACAUAUUGGCUGCGAGGGAUGGGCUAGGCGUUACUGGUGGUGCUGAUGAAUGA